AGUUUCAGUACUGGCAGUGAAUAUUGGAAAGCAUCCUUUAUCUAUCUCUUAUCUCCAAUCGUGAUCAGACAUUUUGCGUGUUUGUAAGAAAAUCCGAGAUAUCCAGAGUUUCGGGGAAUUCCGUUACUCACUUAUAUGUGCUUAUUAUGUGCUGAAAGCUUCGAGAACAUUCGAGGAUAAACUGUCGUUUGAUAAGUUACGAGGCAGCGAAACUUGGUAACAACACAAUUAGAACAUCGUAGCUGUUACCCAGCAGAGCUAGCAAGUGAUUGUGUUACGCAAUAUAUUUUAGGAGCUUUGUCUGAAUUAAGACAAAAUGACGAAGAAAGGAAAGAAGAAGAAGCAGACAACAGCUGCAUCAACCUCAAAAGAGACUUCGCAAGAACAGUCCUCGCAGCAACAAAAAGAACAACCCUCAAAAGCAUUACCUAGUUCGCAACAAAAGACAACCAUAGGAAAGGAGCAGGGAGCAGCUGCAUCAACUUCGAAACAGACUUCUGACGAUUCUUCAAAACAACAAAAGAAGCAGAUAUCACAAGGUCAGCAACAACAAGAAUCAUGGAGCCGCCCACAACAACAACAACAACAACCACAAAGAGCACGAAGCCAACCACAACAACAAAUACAAGGAAUGCAGAGCCAACAACAACCACAAGCAACAGCAUGGAGCCAGUCACAGCAACAAUCACAAGAAGCACGGAACCAACCACAACGAGCAUGGAGCCAACUACAACAACAAAGACAAGGAGCAUGGAGCCAGACACAACAACAACCACAAGGAGCACACAGCCAAUCACAACAACAAUCACAAGGAGCAUGGAACCAACCACAAAGAGCAUGGAGCCAGCCACAACCACAAGUAGCACAGAGCCAACCACAAGAAGCAUGGAGUCAGGCACAACAACCACAAGGAGCACGGAGUCAACCACAACAACAACCACAAGGAGCACAGAGCCAACCACAACAACAACCACAAAAAGCAUGGAGCCAGCCACAACAACUACAAAAAGCAUGGAGCCAGCCACAACAACCGCAAAGAGCACAGAGCCAACCACAACAACAACCACAAAAAGCAUGGAGCCAGCCACAACAACAACAAAGAGCAUGGAGCCAGCCACAACCACAAGGAGCAUGGAGCCAACCACAACAACAACCACAAGGAGCACAAAGCCAACUACAACAACAACCACAAGGAGUUUGGGGCCGCCCACGACAACAACAACAGCAAUAUAGAGCACCAACUUUAUCUCAACAGCAGCAAGAAGCUUCAAUUGAUAUUGGUGCUGCUGGUGAUCGACAAGUACAGGCAAUUGGUAGUGGUGUGCAGCCAUCAACAAAUACUACAUCUCUUGAUAUAUCUGAGCUUUCUUUAACAGAUCCAUUCCACAAAGAAAAGUCUGAAAAGGCAAAAAUGUCAUCUGAACAAUUAAAAAUAUAUCUUGAUAUGAUACCAAAGAGAAAAAAUCCUCUAUGUGGUGGGAAAAUAGGAAAAAACAUUUCUGUGUUUACAAAUAUGUACCAAAUUAUAUUCAGCGAUAAGUUUGUAACCAACGCAGUUCAUUAUGAUAUUGUUAUUCGUCCUAUCGAUGAAAAGCCCAACAAAACAGAAACCAAUAAAGAAAUCAAACUUCCUAAGAUUUUAUGUAGAAAUAUUUUUGAACAAUGUAGAAAUAAACAUUUUAGCAAGAGAUUUCCAGCUUAUGAUGGGAAAAAAAAUGCAUAUAGCGCAAAUGAGCUUCCUUUCUCCAAUUAUAUGCAGGAUGUUUUCUGGUUCUUAAAUGAGAAGGGACAAAAGAAACAAUAUGAAAUUACCCUGAAUAAAGUGGCAUAUAUUGAUCUUAGUUGGAUAAAAAAUUUGAAACCUGGUCUUGCAGAAAAUAAAGAUCGAACCGCUUUACAAGUCUUGGAUAUAAUCAUGCGUCAUGCACCAGAAUCGAGGUUUAUUAAUGUUGGAAGAUCACUCUAUUGGAAUAUAGAUAAGAUUGAGCCACUAGGUGGUGGCUUAACUCUAGCACACGGUGGAUUUCUCUCUGGUGUACUUGGGUGGCAACCAUAUCUAAAUGUAGAUGUUGCUCAUAAAGGAUUUACUAUGACUUUAAAAGUACUUCAAUACAUAUCUGAUGUUACAAGAAUCAAGGAAGAAAACCUUUCUUAUAAUGUUAUAAUGAAGUAUAGAAACAAGAUAUUAAAUUUUUUGAAGGGCUUAAAAGUGAUUUAUGCAAUACCUAAUUCACCAAUUUCGAAACGUACGUACCGUGUACUCGAUUUGUGGCCCGAUAGUUGUGACUCACAUACGUUUACAUCAUCCGAUGUAACUUACACAAUAACAAAAUAUUUUCGAGACAUAAAGAGAUAUAACAUAAAGAGGACUGAUUUGCCUACUCUUCAUGUGGGCAAGACUUUCAACGGAGGCAAAGUCUUGGUGCCUCUUGAAUUAUGCACCAUUGUGGGUGGUCAGGCCGUUAAUAAAAAACUAGAUGAACAGCAAACCACAAAUAUGAUUCGAAAAGCAGCAACGGCUGCGCCUAUCCGUAAACAGAACAUAGAAGCAGCGUUCCAGAAAUUGGAAAUAAAUCGUAGUUCUGUUAUGGAAAAAGAGUUCAAUCUAUCUGUGAGUACAGAAAUGCAAAAGGUUGAUGCCAGAGUUUUGCCACCUCCUGGAUUGAAAUAUGCUAAUUCAACGAUGACAGUAGAAAAAGGAAUAUGGCGUUUGCAACAGUUUAAUCAAGCCAAAAGUUUGGGACCUAAUUCAUGGACUAUUCUUAUUUUAGCUGAUAGAAUAUUUGAUAAUGAAAUACAUUUGUUUGUAACAGAAUUACAAAAAAAUGCAAAAAUCGUUGGUAUGACAAUUGGUAAACCUGAAAGUCCAUUUAAAAGAUUUGAUACAAACGAUUUAAGGGGUAUCACAAAUUACUUCAAUCAAUAUAAACAUUUACAAUUGAUAAUAGUUAUCAUAUCAGAUUAUACAGACAUAACAUAUGGAAACGUAAAAAAAAUUACCGAAAUGGACAUAGGUGUUUUGACACAGUGUAUAAAAUGUAAAACUGUGAAAUCAUGCAAUGCUGCUACAAUAAAAAAUCUUCUACAAAAAAUAAAUUCAAAACUAAAUGGCAUCAAUCAUAUAUUGGAUAAAAUGCCAUCAUGUUUAAGUAACUAUUCUUGUAUGCUUGUUGGUGCCGAUGUAACUCAUCCGGCCCCCGAUUCUAAAAGUAUACCAUCUAUAGCGGCGGUUGCUGCAAGUAGAAAUAAUUCAGCUUUUCAGUAUAAUGUUACACUCAGACUUCAACCACCUAAAGAAGAAAUGAUUUUAGAUCUUGAAGCAAUAAUAUUAUCACAACUUAAUAUUUAUUAUCAGGAAACAAAGUCUCCACCGCGGAGACUCAUCUAUUAUCGAGACGGAGUUAGCGAGGGACAGCUUCCUCAAGUUAUGUUUUAUGAAAUAAACGCCAUUAAAAAUGCAAUUAAAAGAUUUAAUAAAGAUAAUAUUGAAGUUACCUGCAUGGUUGUUCAGAAGAGACAUCAUGUGCGUCUCUUUCCUGCAAAUCAACAUGAAACAGAUGACAGAAACGGUAACGUGAGAGCGGGUACAAUUGUCGAUACAACUAUUACACAUCCAGAUCAUAUCGAUUUUUAUCUCGUAUCACAUGCGAGUAUUCAGGGUACAGCAAGGCCUACAAAAUACAGAUGCAUAUGCAAUGAUUCUAAAUUUAACGAAGAUCAGCUUGAGGAAAUGACUUAUUUUCUUUGUCAUAUGUAUGCCCGCUGUACAAGAUCGGUAAGCUAUCCGGCACCAACGUAUUAUGCUCAUUUAGCAGCUUUUCGCGGAAGAGCCUUAUUACAAGGGAACCCAAACUUUAAUUUGGCUGAUUUAGAAAGGGAACAAAGAAAUUUUAAAAUGAAGAUGGCAGCAUCGCCGAUGUAUUUCGUUUAAGGAUAUAUUAUUUAUGAUUUUAUGGAUUUCUAUGUGGAUCCCUUUAUAGUUGAGAUAUGACAGUUAAUUUUAUUUCCUUUGGGCAAUAAUUGUAUUGAAUAGAUUCUCUUAUUGCAGAAUUCAGCACGCGAUAUACUUUUUGGUCGAUUUUCAGUCUGAUGUGCGCGGGUUAGUGAGCUAAGGAUCGGGAAGCUAAAAAUCGACCGAAAAGUAUAUCGUGUGCCGAGCACUGUCUUACUAUAUAAAUUAAGUAUAGUUUCUACGAUUAAUUAAUGAUAAUGUAAUUGAUAAUUGUUUGCAUUUAUACAUCAUGUUUCAGUUACACAUUGAGGAAAAAUAUAAAACAACAAAAAGAAAAAAAGAUUUAGGAUGAACGAUGUA